AUGUUUGAGGACGUCCAACGUACCUCUGAAGUGGUACAGGAGUCCACCCCUACCGCUGGUCGAGAAGUCGAAUGCAAUGAUCUGGAGUGCCCACACAGGAACAAGAAAGGAUUAUUUAAAGUUGCAAAUUUACGAAAAAAAAUGAAGAACUUCAAGAAAAAAAUGGAAAUUAAUUAUUGCGAAGACUGUGCAAGGCUCGAUCCACCCGAACAGCGGCCGUCGGUAUGGAUAUGCGUCACCUGCAGUUAUUCGGGCUGUGAUGAAAAAAAUCACACUUUAAAUCAUUUCAAAGCAUUGCGUACUGGCACAGAGCAUCCACUUUUUUUUGCUGUGGAAGACAAACAAUUCCGGUGCUUCAGUUGCGAAAAAAGAGUUUAUGUUGCUGAAGAAGAAGGUGGUUCAAUAAAAGCUUUUCUUAACGAUUAUAACUCAUUCAUAAAACCAAAGCUAAAGAUUGAUCCAUCAGAAUCUCAGUCGAUGAAAAGUAACACGAAAAGAAAUUCUUCACUCGUUGGAGGGGCUGAUUCGAAAAAGAGUGGGCUUAGUAACGGAAAACGUUUAACAGAAAGCAAAAUGAAAAAUAAUGAAAGGAAAACACUGCUACCAGUGAAGGGCCUCGUUAAUCUUGGAAAUACCUGUUUUUUUAAUUCGAUAACCCAGUGCCUUCUUCACACGCAUAUUCUUGCUGUGUAUAUCAAUUUGGUUGGUAGAGAAAAUAACAUCGAACUCAUGCAGAAUGAAGUUUUAAUUGGCGACAAGCAAGUCCAGGUACCGCAUGUAUAUUUAUCUUUGGAUUCAUUUGAUGGACCACUGAAUAAUAUUUUCGCGAACUUCAUACGCGAUUUCAAAGCUGGAAUAGCUGUUCAUCCCUCUUCUUUAUUCAGCGAAAUAGCGAGGAAAGCUCCACGGUUUCGAGGAUGGGCGCAGCAGGAUGCACAUGAGUUAUUACGGUAUUUAUUGGACGGUCUCCGAACGGAGGAAAUUAACCGGUAUAAGGAAGCUAUUUCGAGACAUAUCAAAGUAGCUAGAAAUGGAAAUCCCAAGUUGACGGAUGGCGAACUCUCUUUACUGGCGAAGGGCAUGCUCAAAGCAUGUGGAAGACCGCUUAUUGAUGCUGUUUUUGGUGGUACACUCUUGCAGACGGUGAAAUGUCCAGAUUGUGGCCAUCUUUCGAAGACUUAUGAAGAUUUCUUGGAUCUUUCUCUACCACUUCCAUCGACGUCAGCCAAGACAUUAUUUAAUGGAACCUAUAAAAUGCAUAAAUCUGCUUCACUGAGCUUAAGUAAAUAUCAGAGAAAAAAAGAAAAAACGAAUGCACGCAAAGGGAAAGUACGACGAAAAUCUCACGAAAUCGUUUCACAUAACGAUGAGAUUAAUAAUAGUGGAGAGCGGUCCAAUCUUAACAAUGAUGUUAGCGAUGAAGACGUUCUUGAUGACGAUGAUGUUGGUGCAAAAAAUAUCAACGGCAGUAUCUGUAAUGAAAUGAAUAAAAUGAAUAUAAGUAAUGAGUCAGAAGACUGCCUGCAGUUACUGGAUGAUGGGGAAGCUGUAGAGGAUGAACCACGUUCAUUAGCAUCAUGUCUUCGAGCUUUUACAACGACAGAAAUUCUCUCAGCACCAAAUACUUAUGAAUGUGAAAAGUGUUGUGUUCCUUAUAAUAAGCAGCUUCGAAAUGGAAUGAAAAAAAGGACAGUUGAAGCUGAGAAGCGUUAUUUGAUUUACGAACCGCCUCCAGUUUUAACAUUACAUCUCAAACGAUUUGAACAGACACAUUCAGUGAGCGGUCGAGUGAUCACGCGCAAAGUUCCUGGACAAAUUUCUUUUCCAAAAAUUCUUGAUAUUGCACCUUUUUGUACGCAAAUAGCGAAGGUAAUUAACUUCAUAGAAAUUGCUUAA